AUGGAUAGGGAUAAGGGAUUGGAGGCAAGGGAGAGAGUAAAUUCAUGCUCAGUCAUCCCCUGUGGAAUUCCUGGGAGCAAUGACUUACCAGGCAGAGAUGGGAAAGAAGGUCCAAAAGGAGAAAAGGGAAACCAAGAAAUGGAUCUUAAAACUCACAUAAGUGAUUUGCAAGCACAACUGAAGGCUCUGAAAGCUCUCAGCAGCAAAACCCAAAAAGUUCUACUCUACCCAAGUGGCAUGAUUAUUGGUGAAAAAAUAUUCAAAACUGAUGGCUCUGAAGGCAACUUUGAAAUUUCACAAGCUGCAUGCUCCAGAUCUGGUGGCCUUUUAGCUUCUCCAAGAAAUUCUGAAGAAAACAGUGCCAUACAACAAAUAGCAGAGAGGCAAAACAAAAGACCAUUCCUAGGAAUAAAUGAUAGACUGACAGAAGGUACAUUUAUGUACUUAAGUGGUGAAGCAAUACGAUACACGAACUGGAGCACAAGAGAACCAAAUGAUUCUGGAGGAGAGAAGGACUGUGUAGAAGUUUAUUCAGAUGGCAAAUGGAAUGACAAAUCCUGUGAAAAAAAAUGCUUAAUAAUGUGUGAAUAUUAAUCAGUGUGUCCUUGUAAUUAUUAGUUGUUGCUGGUGCAAAUGUACAUGCUGCUUUAUAUUAUCCCAGUCUUAUCAAAUUACAUUAGCCAUUCAUUUUGGCCAUUGUAUUUUAUCAAUGAAGUGAACCCUAUUUUAGUAAAAUUUCUCUUAUCUUUCUCUUAUGUUAAACUAUGUUUCAAUAAAUUACUCAUAGAAUACUGA